AUGGACACACAGCAGCGCGCCCUUCUCUUUGGCGCCGCCGCAGCUUUGAGACUGCUACUCUUCACCUUCUUUCCCUCCCUACCCGCCCUUCUCGCUGGCCGCGUCGAGGUGUCGACACCAGUCACAAGCUUCAAGCGAUGUACAUAUGCGCCUAUCCAUCCCUCUCCGCCACCAUCCAUGAAUCACAGUGUCGCUGACCUAUCAAUUUCCAUAGUGCAAGAGGGCGUCUUCCUCUACACCCACAACCUCUCGCCCUAUGAUGGUGGCGUCUUCCACCAGGCGCCCCUCCUCCUGCCGCUGUUCUCCCUACUGCCAGACCCCUCGCAUGCCCCCCUUGCGACAAACCUGCUCUUCGUCGUCGUCGACCUGCUCAGCGCGAAUGCAUUGGCUCAGCUGGCAGACAGUGGCUUUGCAUCCGUCACCCGCCUCUUCGCCUCUUCGCGCAAGCACCUGAAAUGGAGUAGCAUGGCCAUUGCUGCUGGCUUCCUCUUCAAUCCCUUUACGGUUGCAACAUGCAUCGCCCGCUCCACCUCAGCCCUUUCCAAUAUGUUCAUCCUGACGGCCAUGGCCAAGGCUUCCCAGGGCGCAAGCGUUACCUUCGUUCUAUCCGUUGCCUUCGCUGCAUACCUGGCUAUGCAUCCCAUACUCCUUUUUCCCCCAGUGUUGAUGCUGUUGUACGAUGCCCGCUCCAUCAAGACCAAAUCUGCCCCAGAUGUGUGGUCCUUUACAGCCAUUCACUCGGUAGCACUCGCUGCUUCAAUGGGCGCAUUACUCUCCGCUUCUGCUUUCCUAACAGGUUCUUGGGACUUUCUUGCCGCUACCUAUGGGGUGCGCCUUCUCUUACCAGACCUCACGCCAAAUGUGGGGCUCUGGUGGUACUUCUUCAUAGAAAUGUUCGAUUCAUUCCGCGAGUUCUUUCUGGCCGUCUUCUGGCUCCAUGCGGCCUCCUACAUGCCUGGUCUCACGAUUCGAUUGUACCGACAACCUGUAUUUGUUGCGUGUAGCUUGAUUGGCGUCUUCACCAUUUUCACACCCUAUCCCAGCAUAGCUGAUGCUGCAUUGUAUCUUGCAGUAGUCCCUCUCUUCCGCCAUUUGUUUCCCAUGAUGCGCUAUACCUUCCUGGCCGCUUCGAGCAUCUUGUACACAUCCUUCCUCGGGCCUGCCUUCUAUCACCUCUGGAUCUAUGCAGGUUCUGGAAACGCAAAUUUCUUUUAUGCCAUCACUUUGGUGUGGAGCCUGGGACUAUCUGUCAUCCUUGGCGACUCUUUAUACGCAGCAUUGCGGGACGAGCUUGACGUAGAACGCCCGGAACUGCAGGUUUCAUUUCGAAGUGUAUACAAGACAAUUCUCUCAUCAGGCAACUACGACAUGGCAGGCGACAAGAUUAACCCCCUCUCGGCUCGAGAAAUGGAAGUCCUCGCCCUCGCCUGGCAGUGCAUGGAUGUACAGCCCAAGAUUGACACGCACAAAUUGGCUUCCCUUACUGGCUACACUCCUGGCAGCGCUUCUGUCACCAUGGGUAACAUCAAGAGGAAGCUCAAAAUUCUCGGCGACUCUCUCACCUCAAAGAGCGGUCCCACAACUCCCAAGAAGACAGUGACUCCCAAGUCCACUGCAGGGUCGAAGCGUGGCGCGCCUGCAAACGAGACUCCGAGUAAGCGACAGAAAAGCGGUGGACGCCCAAAGCAACAGCACAGCGCCAAGGAUGAUGAGGACGAUGACGAGGAGAUGACAAAGACCGAGGAGUCUAUCAAAGUAAAGAAGGAGUUAUUCGAAGAUGCUAUGGAUGGUGGGAAAGAGGAUGCAGAUGGCGCGUUUGCCAUGUUGGAGGGGCUCGAAAGCUUUGCAGCACAGGGAAUGGGCUUCUAA